CAAUUGAUUCUCUUUUUUUAAUCACAAUAAGAUACCCCAGAAAUCAGCCAUCAUGUCUCUGCACUACCUCCCCCCCGUCAAGCCUUCGGCUAUCGCCCUCGGCACCAUCUUCAACCACACGGCUGAGCUCGCUGUCUUGACCCCCAUCUUCGGCCAGACCUACCAGCGCGCCAAGGCCGCCAACACCAAGGAGGAGUUCGCUCGCUCCAAGGAGGCUCAGGGUGCCGCCGUCGCCUGGGGAACAUCCCUCGUCGGCUCUGCCCUGCAGUCCUACGGUGUUGGUGCUCUCAUCAACGCCACCGGCACCCUGUCCUACAAGGGCGCGGCUUACCUCGGCUCUCUCAUCUUCUUCGCUACCUCUGCUCCCGGCUACAUCUCCCAGGUCUUCGUCGAGAAGCGCCCUGUCGACACUGUUGGAGUCAGCGUCCUGGCCAAGGUCAUCGAGACUGUCGGUCUGUCAGUCUUCCUCACCUGGUGGGGAACCCGCACCAACCCCUUCGACUAAAGGGUUUAACGUAUUAUGAAUGAUUGAGCAAUCCUGAAAGACGGAUUGCUUGUGUGCUAUUACCGUUGGGUCGGAUGGGAUGAGGACAUGGAGUUCAAAGAUAGUCAGCAGUUGCGGCUGGGGACAUUGUCAUGUACCUAACUUUUACGUCUCAGCCAUGAUCCCCUUAAUCGAUCAAAUUACCUGA